AUGUCCGUACGCUUUGCUCCAAUCGUCCGGUCGCGCGUGGCAAUGCCCAUUGCGCCCAGACUUGUCGCUUUCCGGUCGAUCUCCUCUACCCCGAGUUAUCAGAAGGGCCCUGUCGAUGCGGCCAAGGACACCCUGAAGAAGGCCGAUGAGUUGGCUUCCAAAGCAGCUCUCAAGGGUAUCGACGAAGGAGAGAAAGCUCGCGAUAAGAUCAACGAGACUGUUGGUAGUGCCAAAUCCCAGACCGAGUCGAUGAAGGGCGAGGCCUCUAAGCAAGCGGGCAAGGCCAAGGGUGAGGCCGAGCAUGCUGCGGGAACGAUCAAGGGCAAGACAGAUGCCGCCAUGGGCGAGGCGAAGGGCAAGGCCGAGGAAAUUAAGCACAAGCAUACCUGA